AUAAUGAAAAAAUAUUUUUCUUGAUAUAACCAUACAAAAUUCAUGUUUGUUUAACGUUGUACUAGUUUUAAUAUUUAAGAUUUCAAAAAUAAAGAUAUUCUAAGAAUGCUUUUUUUCUGUGAAGAAGAUAACCGCAUUAUUAAAGAAACGUAUCAAUAUUUGCUGAAUGCUCAUUUACUGAAGUGCAUUUCACGAAAUUAUUCCUGGACGAGACUUUUACAAUGAUGCGAAUGCCGUCCGCAAUGAGAAUCGGAUGCGCGCGCCUGCAAGGCUGGGAACUCCCGUAAAUAAUUUCGCGCGAAUUACGAACAUAAUGGACGGUUGCGCGUGCCUGCAUUUCGAUAUUUUUAUCGCCGGGAAUGCCGUUUGUGCGGCGGUUUGCCUUCAAAUAACUAAGCGUUUGUAAUUCUGCUGAUUACAGAACUAAAGUGCGGUCAUCCGGCCGUGCCGAUGAACGCCAAGGUGUCGUUGUCUAAUGAAUCCCUGACGCCCGGCACCGUGGCGAAGUACACCUGCGAUGCGGGCUACGAACUCUUUGGAACUGGCAGCUUGGUGUGCAGUCUACGAGGAAAAUGGCAGGGUGACUUACCGUUCUGCGGUACGAACGUGGGUUUCCGCAAACCGGCGAACCAAUCGACGACUGUGAGGGGCGGAAAUGCAAAUCACGGUAAUGACGGUGACUUCAGCACGGAGCACGACGGGAAGAGGUGCACGGAAACCCAGAGCGAGCCCAGCCCCUGGUGGAGGGUCGACCUCCUCAAGCCAUAUUCCGUCAAGGUUGUACGGGUGACGACGCGAGGCUGCUGCGGUCAUCAGCCUCUUCAGGAUAUUGAGAUAAGAGUGGGCAACAGCAGCGCUGAAUUGCAGCGCAAUCCUCUGUGCGCCUGGUUUCCCGGUACUAUUGAGGAGGGUAUCACGAAGACCUUCGUCUGUGCCAGAGCACUCGUGGGGCAGUACGUCUUUUUGCAACUUGUCGGUGUCGAGGGUAGUCUGAGUCUCUGCGAAGUGGAAGUCUUUGCUACAGAUGAAUUCUCGGUAGACAGGUGCGCGCACGCCGGCACGCCCGCCGACGCCGACUUGACCGCUUUUAAUUCCACGUGCUACGAAUUCGUGGUGAAGAAGGGCGGCUCCUUCCAGGAAGCGAGAACCUACUGCAAGGGCCGCGGUGGCGAUCUCGUUCACGGUUUCAAGGGCAUAUCGUCGACAUUUAUCCUGAACAACUUGGAAAGGCGGAAGGAUAAGCUCAAGACUCAAUUGGUCUGGAUCGGGGCUCAGAAGGAACCGCAGAUCACCGCUCGAACGUGGCGAUGGGUGGAUGGCGAGAUUGUGCAGAAGCCAUCCUGGGGUAAGGACCAGCCGAACAACUACAACGGCGAGCAAAACUGCGUCGUGCUCGACGGAGGCCGCGGCUGGCUUUGGAAUGACGUCGGCUGUAACCUCGAUUACCUUCACUGGAUCUGCCAGAGCAGGCCACCGACCUGCGGCAGUCCUGAGAAAUCGGAGAAUACCAUGAUCGUGGGAUCAAAGAGAACGAUAGGCUCCACGAUAGAUUACGUUUGCCCGGACGGAUAUAUGCUGGUUGGAUCGAAAAGCAGAAUGUGCGGACCGAGCGGUUUUUGGAGCGGCGACGUACCCACGUGCAAGUUUGUCGACUGUGGCGCGCUACCGGAUUUGGAGAACGGCGCUAUCACGCUGCUGGCCAACCGGACCACAUAUGGCGCUUUUGCAGAUUAUACAUGUAAAGAAAACUAUACACUGAAGGGUGAAUCCAGACGAAGAUGCGGCGACGGCGGUAUUUGGAGCGGUCACGUGCCCCAGUGUCUGUUUGACUGGUGUCCCGAGCCACCGGAAGUGAAUGGUAGCAUCGUGACAACUAACGAAAAAAGAGUGGGUUCCACUGCCACUUACUCCUGCCAAAAUGGAUUUAUUUUGUUCGGUGAUAAUGUACUCACGUGCAACGUUGGUGGUGAGUGGUCUGGUAAAGCGCCGCAAUGUCGAUUCGUCGACUGCGGGGCCCCGGCCCAGAUCGAGUUUGGGACCGUCGCUCUAAUUAACGGCACGACUACGGUAAGUAGUUUGGCCGUUUACAAGUGUCAACAGGAUUAUUGGCUGGUGGGCGAAGGGAAGCAAGAGUGCACUAAAGAGGGCAAGUGGAGCCAUGACACACCGUCAUGCGAGCUAAUUACAUGCGAGGAACCGGAAGUGCCAACUGGAGGAUUUGUAAUAGGAUACGAUCUAAACGUUAAUAGCGUUAUCUAUUAUCACUGCGACGCAGGUUAUUUGCUUCACGGCGAGCAGAAACAUUGGUGCGGCAAAGACGGUGAAUGGUCGGGAGAAAUGCCGAUUUGCGAGUACGUCAACUGCGGCAAGGUUCUUCCGAUUUUGAAUGGUGCAGCGGACUACACGAAUGAUACAACUCAUCUCGGUAGCGAAAUUACGUACAGCUGUACGAGGAAUUACAGGCUGAAUGGAGUCUCGAAAAGAUAUUGCCUCGAUAACGGCCAAUGGAGCGACGCUACUCCGAAAUGCGAAGAGAUCCGUUGUCCGGAGCCUGUGUUGGCCGAACACGGGAUACUCUCUGUCACCGGAAACGACCGGAUGUACGGAAGGACGUUGAUUCGCACGGGAACCGCGGAGAACUCGAACACCGGCGCGACCUCGUAUAAAAUUGGGGCCCUGGCGAAGUACAGAUGCGAGAGAGGAUACAAAGUGGUCGGAGAACCUUUGUCUACCUGCGAGGAGAACGGAAAAUGGAGCGGCGAAGUGCCGCAGUGCAUCUAUGUCGAUUGCGGUAAACCCGAACACAUUCAGCACGGACGUUACACAUUGACGUCGAAUGCAACGUAUUAUGGAGCAGCUGCGCUUUAUGAGUGCGAUGGCAAUUUCGAGCUAGACGGAUUUGCCAGAAGACUGUGUCUUGAAAACGGCACUUGGAGCAGCGACACCCCCGUCUGUCGAGAAAUACGAUGCAGAGACCCGGAGAAAAUCGGCGUACUGUCGACGCAAGUAUCAACUCACAGUGUGGGUGGUGUGGCGCACUACAGUUGUCCACGUGGGUUUUACAUGGAAGGGAACGAGACUAGAAUCUGUUUGCAAAAUGGUUCCUGGAGUGGAACAAUGCCCGCUUGUUUUUCGGUUGAUUGUAAGCAUCCGGGGCCGAUAGAAAACGGUAGAGUAAUAGUGGUAAACGGAUCGACGACUUACGGAGGAGCCGCAGAGUAUCACUGCUUACCGCAAUAUGAAAGAGUCGGCAUAUUUCUAAGGAAGUGUUUGGACACGGGGUAUUGGAGCGGCGAAGAGCCAAAAUGCGAACUGACCGCGAAUGAGGUGGCGGAGCCUCAAGGUGUCGGGACGAGCGUCGGCAUCGGAGCUGGCGUCAUUAUCUUUAUAUUAAUUAUCCUCGGGCUAGUCUAUCUUAGGCUACGAAAAGCAACGCCGGUGAAAAAUACUGAGAACGUCCAAGCCGCAGAACGAAAAGAGGAUCAAAAUGCCGCCGUUAUGUCUUACGCUACAUUGAACGACGGUAUGCAUAACACCACGUACGAAAACGUCCCCGAGGAUGGUCUCUAUGAUAAUCCAUACAGCUUAGGCGGCAACGCGUACAGAUACGGCGGCCAACCGAGAAGGAUGUAUGGCAGAUCGGGGCAUUACGAGGCCGAGCCAGUUUCCAAUAGAAACGGAAUCACCAUCAACGGCGUAUCUGUGCGAUAGCUCGUAAUUCCAAGUCGACUUUCUUGAUUUUUAUCCACGUCGGAAAUUGCGCGCGGAAAAUCUCGAGUGGUUUCCUCUCGCGGGCGGUUUCCGUUGUCCUCGACAAAUGUACAGAAGACACCGAAGAACUUUUGUUGUUCGUUAUUUAUAUUAUCGCCUGUCGCGAAGGCACGAUAGUUCAUGUAAAUAAUUCGCGAGAAAAGGGGAGGAGGAGAAACGUGCGGAAAGGAUUACACACCGACGCGACUUUCUUCUCCGAGGAUCAACUAUUUUGUAUGAUUCUGUAUAUAUGGUGUAUCGAUCAUUUAGGUUCAUUACAUUUAUAUAGGCUUUAAGCGACAUGUUGUAUCAUAAGUUUACAAUUGCGCGAAUAAAGAAAGAGUGCUCUUGUUGUACUUCA